GAAGUAUACGGUGCUGCAGCUUUCGUACUCUGGCGACAUUUAGCAAUUGCCACGUAGAAAAUGAUGUAGAAAAUAUUAGAAAAACUUAAGUAAAACAUUGAGCAAUGGACAUUGAUUGUGCUAAUUUUGAAUGGUGCGAUACUGGCUGUGGAAAAAAGUAGUCCCUGUGGCACGUGUGGGGCCUCGUGUUAAAGCUCGGCGAGUAGAUGUGUGAUGGAGUACAGUAUGUGAUGGAGUGGAAAAAUCGUAAGGAACUUGGACGAGAGUCUUUGGUUCGUGUAGAUGCUUCGUGCGGUUUCUUCGAGAAAAGGAAUCGGAGAAUCGGACGUUUAAUCUGGCGUAAAAGUGGGAAAGGUGAUGCGCGGGCCGGCCACAAGGGGUCGACGGGGAGCUGGUCGGCCAUUUUGGUGGUGACGCGCAGCUCGGAGGUCGUGGGCUCCACCAGUGACGAAGCCACUGGAGUUUUGACGUGGCUGCUACGUACCUGCCCGUUUGCCCACUCCGAUUGCAGCAAAGUUGGUGACGAGGAAUACGUAACUGGGCUCGAGGUCCCCAGGCUAUGGAAAGUAUGGUUGAAGAAAACGGAUCAGCUGUUGACCCUUUGUCGCAGGGCUCCCAGAGCGGUGAUGCUGCACCAGCAAUUGCUACAUCGGUACAGUCUCUCAGUAGAUCCCACCAACAUCAAACCCAUCAUCUGGUAGCGUCCACCAGCAUUGUGCAACUGACACUCCCUUCUUCAGGGACCACGCAGGUACAAUCUGUAAUACAGCCCAACCAACAGUCUGUUAUUCAGACUGCGACAAACAUACAACCCGUAGCCAUUUCCAAGGGAAAUGUCAUCCUCGUCAGUAAACCAAAUUCCGUCAUCCAAACGACGCAAGGCAGUCUACAGACGCUAGAGGUACACACGGGAUACAAGGUCGUCGAAACUGGCAGCGACGACAGCUUCUCCGACGAGGAAUCACCCAAGAACAGACGAGACAUUCUCACGCGGCGGCCAUCCUACAGAAAGAUUCUUAACGACUUAGGCGGAGGUGAGAUUGCAGAGGGUCGUUUGCCCCCCCUAGAAUCCUCCUCGGAGUGUGACUCUAACGUCGACAGUGAAGUGUCUUCCCACUCGCUCCAUUACCAGACAGUUAUUCCUGCUGGCACUAUUCAGAUUACUACUCAAGGAGAAGGUGUACCUGGUCUACAUACACUAACUAUGAGUAAUGCAGCGACAGCUGGUGGAGCUAUAGUACAAUACGCACAGGGUCCGGAUGCUCAGUUCUUUGUCCCAGCUCACACAGGUCACGGUGUCGUGGUGGAAGAUGCAGCCAGGAAGCGAGAACUAAGGCUACUGAAGAACAGCGAUUUCCGCAAUAGUGUGGGAAAAACGGGCUUGAUGAUUAAACAGACUGAAAUACUUGCAGAGAGGCGGCGCGCGAGUGUAGAAGAAAAAAGAAGGAGUACAUAAAGUGUUUAGAGAAUCGAGUGGCUGUGCUGGAAAAUAGAAACCAGACCCUGAUCGACGAACUUAAGUCGCUGAAAGAACUUUACCAGCAAAAGACUGACUGAGGUUGGUACUUCAUGCUGGAACGACGUAUCAAAGACGCGUUUUGCGACCCUGUACAUGUACUGUUACUCGUGCGUUAUCAUAAAUGUUGUUAGGUGGACAACAGUGAUGUACAUGCAUUCGUAUAGUUAAGUGUCACUUGUAACAUAUUGUAUUUAUGUACUACCUACUACUACUACUACUACUACUACCAUCCAUAACUACUACCACUACUGCUACCACCACUACUUUUACUACUACUACUACUACUACUGCUACUACCACUACUGCUAAUACACUGUUGUUACUAUCUACCAUUUCAAACUUCACCACCACACUAUGACUACUAGUAAUACUGUUACGUCGAAGAAGGCUUGUGAAACUUGCCCUGUACUAAAGCAAAGAGAAGCCAAAGGUUUGCGAGUUACGCAAACACUGCUGUAGGCAAGAAUUUCGAGGACCCUAUUUUUUGUAUAAACAUCAGACGGCGGGAUAGACGAGAGGUCCUUUUAUUGACGAUAUUUAUAAGACAGUUGGGCCCGACGUGCGUGACACGAAUCUUAAGUCUGCACGAAGCAAUACGCUUGUGGCGACUGUUUAAACUGUCAGUUUGUAAUAUCUCUUUCGUGCUCUCCACAUUGUCGAGAGAACGAAAGAUUUUUGAAAAUUGUAGUUUGUCCUCUGUGUAUCCUGUGCUAAGGGCGAAAGGUGAAUUUGUCGACGGCGAGUAAUAUUUUUGCAAGUGAUAAUCGCGCGCGAGUCACCUGGGACUCUGGAUUCUUUGAUCGCGAAUCGAAUCCUCAUGCUUAUUGGGAUAAUAUUGUAUAUCGAAAGGGGAAAUGUUUAGAAUACAAUUUGCUUUCCUCUGUCCAGUGCAGGGUACCGAGGGGAAAAAAGUGCGAGCGAAUUGAAUGAUACCAAUGGCAAGAUGCGAAAAAAUGGAAGAGAUACGGCAGAAGUCAAACUAGUACUAUGUAUUAGAUGUUAGUACUGUAACUGAUAUUUCGCCAAUUUUUCAAUUCGCCACGUAUUCUCUGCGCUGGACGUCACACACGUUGUAAAAUAUAGAUGUAAUAUAAAUCUGGAGUGCCUUGCAGAUUGCAGUAUAUACAUAUAAAUAUAUAUAUAUAUAUAUAUAUAUAUAUAUAUAUAUAAAAUAGAUAUUAAUUAAUUAUUAUGUAUCAGAUAAUAGAAUAUGGGUAGAAACGAUAUUUUAAACAUAUUAUUUGUCGCCAUGUAAACUUUUUAGCAAAAUAUCUCUCGUUUCACUUCGUUCACGUCACUCGCUGUAAUCGUGGAAAAAUAUUCGAGUUUUACCAUCCCUUCGGAGCAUCGAGGGUAUUUUUAUGUCGUUUACGAGGAACUUAAGAAAAAUAAUGCAGUUAAACAAACAUCAAGAAAGCGGAUUAAUUCGAUAAUAUUCUUAUUGUUCACUAACGACUCGUCCUUGAUUUUUUUAUCUCGAUUCAAUAAUGUGUCUUUAAGAGAAAAUGGCAUCCAGAAAAAACUAACACAUAUAUAUAUAUAUAUUAAAGUCUUGUCUGUGACACCCGACUUUGUCCAUACCUCAGGAUUCUCGUGAUGACUGUGUAAAAUUGUGCUAAGCAUUAGCUCGUAUCACAGGACACGCGAGAUUCCGUGUAAAAGAAAAGAAUUUUCCAAUAAUACGUAAAAUACGCUUUGUACAGGCUGAUGAUGAUUUUAACGAGGGAUACUGUUGUAAUCGUACAAUUUACUUUUAAGUGAUUUGUCGCGUUACUCUGUAAGUCGAUUAAUUCUUUUUAUCUGAUCCGAUAUGUUCACACUUUGAGUUUUGUAACAGAAUUUAUAUAUUUUCUUUUUCCUCUUAUGGGUUCUUAUUAAUAAUUUUUUGCAUGCGAGUAACGUGACAGUCAGGGUUUGUCCUCAGUGUCAGUUGUCUUUUUAGCCAAUCUGAACUGUAGGGCAAGAGAAGAGAAACAAAGAAAAAGAAUGAAAUAAAUGUGAAGAUGACAAAAACUGAAAUGCCUCUUAUGAGAAAUGGUAGUUAGGUGUAUAAGUAGUGUGCGCGAAGUCGCAGGGUAAACUUAAUGAUUCGCUAAUGAUUGUUAACCUGUUCUUCAUAAUUUCCUUCUCGUCAUUGCAACUUGUUCAUUGAUAAUUGGGUUGAUGCGUUCUAAUAAUUUUAUUAGCAAAGCGGAAGAACUUCUUCUGUGAAUUCUUGGCGAGUUCCACUCGAUAUUGCAAAUAUGAAUAUAUGUAUGAUAUAUGUAUAUCUUGGUUGCUGCACCUAUAAUAUUAUAAAGUAUUGUAUAUAGAUAAUAUAUGUAUUUUUACAUAUCAUUGGCCUUCUUGAAAAAAUAUAGCUUGUAAAUCUAUUGAUAAAA